AUGUGUCUACCUUUGGUUCUCUUCCUUUUGCUUUCUCUUAGUGAGGGCUUCAGUCCUAACUGCCCAGGAAGAUGUAGCUGUGAGUCCCUGCAGCUGGUGCAAUGCUACAGACUAACUGAGGUGCCCACCAGUAUUCCUGCCACAACUAAGAGGCUUUUCAUCAGCCACAGCAAAAUCAAACACCUCCAGCUAUCUAACUUUACCCAAACGUUGGCUCUUGAAGAUUUUAUUCUCCUGGCCAGUGGAACAGAAUCAGUGGAAAAUGACACUUUCAAAACUCUGAGUACCCUGAAGACCUUGGAGCUCUGGAAAAAUAAGUUACGACGCGUGCCCACUGUUCUCCCGGCCAAUCUCGAAGUGCUAAAACUCAAUGAUAAUUCAAUACCCAUCUUACACGGGUCAGAUUUUGAAGGGCUGAAGAAAUUGAGAGUCCUGGAACUUAAAAAUAACCUAAUCUCUUCCUUUUCUCCCAGUGUGCUUUCCUCUCUUGUCAGUUUGCAAAGUUUGAUGUUGGAUGGCAACAAUAUGGAGUCUGUGGCUGGCCCACUGACACUUCCCCGUUUGACACAGAUGAGUAUGGAGAAUAAUAAACUACAUCUCAUACCUGGUAGCUUCUUCACUUCUCUUCAGUCUUUGCAGUUUCUUAGUUUCAGUGGUAAUUUACUAACGAAAAUUCCUUCUAAUCUGCCCAAAUCCUUGAUAUCCUUAAAGAUGGAGAGAAACCAGCUCAAAGUGGUAAGAUUUCGAGAGAUGAAACACUUGGAGAAUCUUUCCCAUCUUUAUUUAUCAGAAAACUUACUCUCUUCUAUCGAUGGGGCACAACUCCUUGCCAAUUUAAUUACCCUUGAGUUGUCCCAAAACCAACUCCAAACAUUGCCCCUCAGACUACCAGCAAGAUUACAAAAACUUGAUUGUAGCAAUAAUCUAAUUCAGAGAGUGACAGUGCAAGAUUUCCAGGAUCUCCGAGACUUGAAACACUUGUUUCUGGACAACAAUAUUGUCAGCUUGUUCGAAGCUGGAGCUCUGCAGAGGUGUUCUCAGCUCUCCAACCUGGCCCUGGAGCAGAACUUGCUGUUGUCUAUACCACUAAGGCUUCCAGGGACCUUAGCCAGGCUGGACCUAAAAGGCAAUGUCAUCCAGGAUAUCGCUGAGAGGGAGCUCAAGGACCUAAAGCAGCUGCAGGUUCUAAACCUCAGGAACAACAAGAUCUCUGCCUUAGACCUCAAAGCCUUGGAAGGUCUGCCCCGCCUCAGACACCUGUACCUGGAUGGAAACCCCUGGAACUGCACCUGCAGUCUCCUGAGAGCCAGGGAGGUCCUGAAGGCCAAGGGCACAGACGUAAGGGGUGGACAGUGUGCGGCACCAGCAGAACGACUAGGAGAGAGCUGGAUGUCCUCGAAGAAGAUCAUGAGGCAGUGUGAGCAGCACUUACGCAUGACGGAGAAAAGCAAAGACACAAAGAAGAAAUCAAAACCCGAAGAGCAGAUCAGCCUGAGAAUCAACAUGGAUGAUGACUAUUAUGAUUAUGAAAUAGAUUAA